CUGUGACCUAAGCACCUGUGCGCGGCGUGUCAUUUGAUCCUAACGUUCGCUCGGGUCGUGAAUGAUUUCCCGCGUGUUUUUAAACCAUCUAACAACGGUGGGCAGCCUCGUGUGGGAUUUCGAGUGCCCAAUAACCCGAUCGGAAGUGAGUAGGACGAUACGUCCUCACACACACAUCGAUCAAAGUGAAGCCACAAUUCAAUUGCAGUUGUGCCAGUGAGUGAAGUGAGGGAAGUGGAUUCCGCAUGCAAAUCGAUUUAAUCGAAAGAGCCUUACCGCAGUAGUCGGAAAAUUAGCUUCGCCCGACAUUAGUUCCUGCAAGGAUAAUUGGUGGCAUAAGCUGGUGGAAAGUAAUUAUUCAGCAAUUCCAGCUGCACUCCGUUGCUCGGAAGAUGGUGCAGCUUCCGGCCACAGUGAGCAGUGGUGUGAAAUCUCGGUGUGUUUAGAAUAUACAACUUCCUCUAGAUUCGUGCGUGUGUGAUUGUGCGUGGAAUGGUUCUCGGAAAUACUACAUCGACCGUGCGUCUUGCCGUUCACGCUGUGCGCUGUCAAAGAAUUUCCCCCUCGGGGGUCUGUUAAGUGUGGAAUGGGCUCCAUUCCAGUAUGUGCCCGUGCGUGUGUGUGUGUGUGUGUGUGUGUUUUUGAGUGAAUAAGUUACACUAAGCAAGCAAAUUAAUACCUCAUCUUGGAGGUGGCUCCGCUCGGUUUGGCCCCGUCCCGCUCAUUGGUUGAAUGAUUUUGUGCGCUCGCUGGUGAAUUCGCUGCCGGUGAAGGCAGCCCUCUCUGGAUGUACCUGGCAGCCGGAUUACUUAACAUCAUGGAUAUCUCCCUACAGCAUGAACAUCUGCAGGAGUAUCUUCAAAGUGCGGCCACCAAUGGCAACAUUACGGGUUCCUAUCCCUACGGGCUAGCACCGAACGGAUCGGCUCUAUUCGCCGGGCUGGACAAGAACGGCACGGAGGUCACCAUCACCGCACCAGGACACACCGACUCCACCGUGGCCGUCAUAAUCGUGUACUGCGUCCUAUUUGUGAUAGCGGCCGGCGGCAAUCUGUCGGUUGUCAUAACACUGUUCCGCUCCAGGCGCCAUCGACGUUCGCGUGUCAGCCUCAUGAUCUGCCAUCUGGCGGUGGCCGACCUAAUGGUCGCGUUCAUCAUGAUUCCACUAGAGGUUGGCUGGCGCAUCACGGUGCAGUGGCAUGCCGGGAACGUUGCCUGCAAGGUGUUCCUGUUCAUGCGCGCCUUCUGCCUGUAUCUUAGCUCGAACGUGCUGGUGUGCGUGUCGCUCGACCGCUGCUUUGCUGUGAUAUAUCCGUUGCGCGUGUCGGAUGCCCGGAAGCGCGGCAAAAUUAUGCUCGGCGGCGCUUGGUUCAUCGCGUUCGUCAAUGCGAUGCCACAGAGUAUCAUCUUCCGCGUACAGCAACAUCCGCAAGUGCCGGGGUUUACGCAGUGCGUCACCUUCGGAUUCUUCGCUACGCCGGGCCUCGAGACGGCCUACAACCUGUUCUGCGUGAUAGCCAUGUACUUCCUGCCGCUGAUGAUCAUCAGUGGCGCCUACACUGUGAUCCUGUGCGAAAUCUCCAACCGGUCGCGGGAAAAGGGGACGGGCGAUUCCACGUCUACUGGUCCAAUGCGACUCCGAUGCAGUGACCUGACGCACAUCGAACGGGCCCGUCAGCGUACGCUGCGCCUCACCAUCACCAUUGUGGUUGUGUUUGUCUGGUGCUGGACACCGUACGUCGUCAUGACUCUCUGGUACAUGUUUGAUCGGGAAAGCGCGGCAAAGGUGGACGUGGCCGUACAGGACGGACUGUUUCUGAUGGCCGUCUCGAACUCGUGCAUGAACCCGCUGGUGUACGGUUCGUACGCGAUGAAAUGUCGACUGCCCUGUCGGCGCCGCAACACGCUCGGUGGCGCCCAAACACCUAACGCAGCUCAGCGCCGAUCCACAGAUGCCGUCUCGGGGAUCAUUGGACCGCACUCGGAUCGGCUGACCGGACGGGAUAAUAAGGAUGAGCUGCUGGUAGCGGACCAACGAAGCAUAACGAUGAACCACCUCAACCAAAACGGUACCAUUGCACUGCUACAACCGACAGCAUCUCUACUCCGCUCGACUGGCGGGGGCACGGGGGGUGGAGCUGGUGGUGCGGGUGGCGUCGGUACGAGCGGGGUAAUUGCCGGUGGCUCCGGGCUGGCUACGACGGCAACGACCCGUUUCUACAAUCGCAUCAGCACUGGCAACAACAACAGUAACGCCAACACCAACAACUAUCACGGCAACAUUACCAAACACACGCUGGUGACGGGAGGCAAGGUGGGGUCGGGCACAUCGUUGGGAGCUGUAGGCAACCAUCGAAAGGGUGGCGGAAAGGAGCAUAACUCCCGGAUGGCGUACUGGACCGGUAGCAGUGGGAAAGGAUGCCAGCCAAGCUUCAGCAAGUUCGCCCAGCUGUCGGACGACCACUCGGUGAUGCUGUCCAGACCGUCGUUCUAUUCCGACCCGACGCCUCACGAGCUCGACUCGUCGGUUGAGUGUGGAUUGACGCGCAGCCUGGACACUGGCGGUUGGCGAUGAUGAUCACAGCGCUGUUGGUGAGCCACGCCACACUACUACGACUCGCUGGCAAUCGCAACGGUUGUAAUGGUACGCAACGGGCUCAUUAAAACCAUCGAUGCACGCCAUCAGCAACGCUCGCUGCCGUCGCGUGUGGACGAAGUUUGAGAGGCGGGUGAACCGGGCGAGCGUGAAUUUAGCGUCCAUAAAGCGUUAACAGAUGAUAAAGAAAUUUUCAAUUUAAACCCAAUUCUCAUUACAACCAUACAUAUGUAUUACGUGGACAAGAAUCGUGUGCGUGUGCUUUGGUUUCAUGCAAAGGGCGAAGCGCAAAUUGAAGUGAGCUGAAGGUAGCUUUGUGAACCGUGACUUGUGAUGAGUGAAAAUCUUGAUACAAAACUUACUGUUAAGAAAGAAGCGAAUGGAUUGCGACGUCCAGGGCGAGCGCCGCUAGGGCAGAGAUAUUUAUAUACAUUUGCACCGAAAUGGAAGUGCGUAUUUUUUCUUACCAUAGCUCCUAGUUUAGUCAAUGUACAAAACGAAAACAAACUCGAUGGAAAUCUGAUGAGUGAAAUUUAAAUCAAACCCACUAGAUAAUUAACUUGGCGAGCUGACACCCCGGCAACAUCAUUAAAUUGUAAUCCAAUGUAUUACGCAAUUAGUUCGUUUUGUGUGCAGCAGCAGCAGCAGCAGCAACAACAACAACUGGGGCGUGUGGCCAGGUGUACUAUUCAAUACAAUGUCGUUCAAAAUUGUCGCAAGGAAGGUGAAGGAAAGCGAGAGAGAGAGAGACGAGAAAUUCCGAUAAAUAAAAGGAAAAUUUAAAU